AUGGAAGAAGCCGACUUGGUCGUUGUAGGAGCAGGUUGGUACGGCCUCGCAGCAGCAAAAGCAUACAUCGAGCUUCAUCCGAAUGAAGAGAUCGUUGUGCUCGAAGGCGGCCCCAGCAUCGGCGGUGUCUGGAGCCACGAGCGCCUGUACCCUGGCCUCAAGUCCAAUAAUAUGCUUGGCACCUAUGAGUACAGCGACUUUCCCAUGGACACUGCAACCUUCGGUGUUAAGCCAGGCGAGCACAUUCCGGGCACAGUCCUUCACAAGUACUUGACCUCCUACGCAAAGGAGUUUGGUGUCUAUUCACGCACUCGAUUGAACACUCGGGUGGACUCUGCUGAAGAGAACUUCAAGACCGGGAACUGGACUCUCAACACACGUAACACUUUGACCGGUGAAGUAGCACCUCUGCAUACAAAGAAGCUGAUUGUCGCCACUGGACUGACAUCUGAGCCCCAUCUCCCAACCUUUGUAGGAGAGGAAGCCUUCAACGCGCCGAUCUUUCACUCCAAGGACUUCCGUGAGCGAGCCGAUACCCUUACUACGGCUCGCAAUGUCGCUGUUCUCGGAGGUGGAAAGAGUAUGUGGGAUGCUGCGUAUGCGUACGCCAGCGCUGGAGUCUCAGUCGACAUGAUCGUCCGCAAGAGUGGACGCGGGCCAGUGUGGAUGGCGCCGCCUUACGUGACGCCGCUCAAGAAGUGGUUGGAGAAGCUUGUUCACACGCGCUUCUUGACGUGGCUGAGCCCUUGCAUCUGGGGCGACGAAGACGGCUACGGAGGCAUCCGACGCUUCUUGCACGGCACCUGGCUCGGACGUAAGAUUGUCGACACAUUCUGGGGUAUCCUUGGAAGCGAUGCAAUCGACCUCAUGGAGUUCAACAAGCACCCAGAAACCAAGAAACUGAUCCCAUGGCACUCGACGUUCUGGAUUGGAAGUGGCCUCAGCAUCCGCAACUUCCCAACAGACUUCUUCGAAUACAUCCGCAAUGGCCAAGUCCGCGUCCACGUCGCAGAUGUCACUCACCUCUCCGAUAAAACCGUCCAUCUAUCAACCGGCGACUCCAUCCAAGCCGACGUCCUCUUCUGCGCAACAGGCUGGAAGUCACGUCCACCCAUCAACUUCCUCCCAUCUGGCCGCCUGUCUGAACUCGGUGUACCGUACUACUCCGCAAAGCCUGAUCCACUUGUCACAGAAGCGGACUCGCUCAUCCUCGACAAGUUCCCCCGUCUGCAGGACCAGCCAAACGUUCCCAAAUCCAUUCGCAACGAGACAGACAACGACACGCCGAAUCAGCCGUUCCAACUCUACCGCUUCAUCGCUCCACCAGCAACACUCGCGAAGCGAAACAUCGCCUUCGCAGGCAUGAUCUCGACAAUCAGUACCUCUAUCUGCGCACAAGCACAGGCACUCUGGAUCUCGGCGUACUUUGAUGGCCAGUUGAAGCGCCUGCCGACUGCAGAGCAGGCGCACUGGAUCACGACGCUGCACUCGAGAUUCGGGCGGUGGAGGUACCCUUGCGGAUAUGGUGCGAGGCUGCCGGACUUUGUGUUCGAUGCUGUGCCGUAUUUGGAUAUGCUGCUGAAAGAUGUCGGGUUGGAGAAUCACAGGAAGAGUGGGAGGAUUGCGGAGUGGACGGAGCCGUAUGGGCCGGAGGAUUAUAAGGGGUUGACGGGGGAGUGGACGAGGAAGCAGGGUGUUGACCUUUGA